AUGGCCCCUGAGUAUGUAAUGGAAGGACAUUUUUCUACCAAAUCAGAUGUUUUCAGCUUUGGAGUUCUGGUCCUUGAGAUAGUAAGUGGGAGGAAGAACAAUGGCUAUGUUUCGGAACAUGGUCAGAGCCUCCUUAAUUUUGCAUGGAAAUUUUGGUGUGAAGAGAAAGGAUUUGAGCUUAUGGACCCUCGCUUAUCGCAGUCCUGUGUGGCAGCUGAUAUAACAAAAUGCAUCCAUAUCGGGUUGCUAUGCGUUCAACAAGUUCCAGCAGAUAGACCUACCAUGUCCUCAGUAAUUUUUAUGCUGGAAAACGACCCUCAAACGCUUCCACAACCAUCACAGCCUGCAUUUUCCAUUGGGCGAAAUGUAUUGAGAUCAGCUGAGCCUAAAUCCAAUGAUCAACUGUGUUCGGUUAAUGAAGCCACUUUGUCAAUUCUAUCACCCCGAUGA